AUGCCCCGCCUUCCUCUGCGCAUCUUCCGCCUACCCACUACCCGAGCCGCGCGUCGGAGACGCAUGUACACCAUGUUCUUCAUCGUCUUCGUGGUGGUAACUUUCAUUUUGCCUUUUUACGUCAUCUACAAGCCGCCGAAUGUCUUAAUUCGAUAUUUCCAACGGAGGUGGCCUGACGUACUGUGGCACGUGCCUUUACCAAGAGCAAAAGGAGGAGAGAAAGUCAUUGCAUUGACCAUUGAUGAUGCGCCGUCAGAGUACACGCGCGAGAUUCUAAAAGUACUAGAGGACUAUGAAGCACAUGCGACGUUUUUCGUUAUCGGUGGGCAGGUGCGUGGAAGAGAAGAUGCACUUCAACGUCUUGUGAAAAGUGGCAUGGAAUUAGGGAACCAUGCCAUGCACGACGAGCCGUCUCGUUCUCUGAGCCCUGAGACUCUUUACGCAGAGGUCACUCAGGUAGAAGGGUACAUCAACGGCACGUACGACACGGUGGGGAAACCGCAUCCGCCACGCUACUUUAGACCUGGGUCUGGGUUCUUCAGCACGAGAAUGAGGGCGCAGAUCAAGAACAUGGAGUACCAGAUGGUAUUGGGUAGUGUGUAUCCCCAUGAUCCUCAGAUUGGUUAUCCUAGUGUAAACGCGAGGCAUAUACUUAGUAUGGUUCGACCGGGCAGCAUUAUCAUCUGCCAUGAUCGGAGAGAGUGGACGGCGCCGAUGCUAAGAAAGGUGUUGCCAGAAUUGAAGAGGAGAGGAUAUAGAGUUACGACUGUGUCGGGCUUGCUUGAGGCGGCCGGGUGGAAAGGGUAA